CGAACUGUGACCUCUUGGUUCCUGGGUUGACGAUCAACCACUGAGCUACACUGGUCAGGCUCCCUCUUCCACUUUUGAAGAUCCCUGUGACAAUGGAUCCACCUGGAUAAUCCAGAAUAAUCUUAUUUUAAGUAAAGCAGGUUACCAGCAAUUUUGAGAGCUUGCAGAAACAGCUUGCAAGGAAAAUGAAGCUCCCUAUUUUCAUAGCAGAUGCAUUCACAGCAAAAGCAUUUCGUGGGAAUCCUGCUGCUGUUUGUCUCCUAGAAAAUAAAUUGGAUGAAGACAUGCAUCAGAAAAUUGCAAGGGAAAUGAACCUCUCAGAAACCGCUUUUAUCCGAAAACUGCACCCAACUGACGACUUCACACAAAGUUCCUGCUUUGGAUUAAGGUGGUUUACACCGGCGAGUGAGGUCCCCCUCUGUGGCCACGCUACCCUGGCUUCAGCAGCUGUGCUGUUUCACAAAAUAAAAAAUGUGAAUAGCACUCUAACCUUUGUCACACUGAGUGGGGAACUCAAGGCCAGGAAAGCGGAGGAUGGUAUCAUCCUGGACUUGCCUCUUUAUCCAGCCCACCCCCAGGACUUCCAGGAAGUAAAGGACUUGAUAAAGACUGCCAUAGGUGACACACUGGUCCAGGACAUCUGCUAUUCUCCAGAUACCCGAAAACUCCUCGUUCGGCUCAGCGACACUUACAACAGGUCAUUUCUGGAAAACCUGAAAGUGAACACACAGAAUCUGCCGCAAGUAGAGAACACAGGGAAGGUGAGAGGACUCAUUCUCACCCUUAAAGGAGAGCCCGGUGGGACCCAAGCGUUUGACUUUUACUCCAGAUAUUUUGCACCAUGGGUCGGUGUGGCAGAAGACCCUGUAACAGGGUCUGCACAUACUGUUCUCAGCAGCUACUGGUCCCAGCAACUGGGGAAGAAAGAUAUGCGUGCUUUUCAGUGCUCCUGCCGAGGAGGAGAACUGGAGAUUUCAUUGCGUCCCGAUGGCCGAGUUGACAUUAGGGGAGGCGCUGCUGUAGUUUUAGAGGGCACACUGACAGCUUAGAGAUGCUGUGCUGAAAUGCUGCUCUCCUGGACUGUUUGAACGAAGAGAAACAGAAGGGCUGCCUUUAGCAACCCGGCAUAGCAGCUUACUUACUCCUCACGUUAGAAAUAGAAAAAUGAAGACAUUAAUGGAGAGCUGAUAACGUGUCCUCACUAAUUAACUGUGGAGUUUUGGCUCUACCUGUGAGUGUAUUUGAAAUGCAAGUAACCAGCAACAAAGAAUAAUGCUGUCACCUUUGAUUGUGACUACUGAUCACAGAAUGAAGAACACAUUUAUGAGGAAUAAAAUCAAACCAUUUAAACUUAGGUUAAUGUGAUAGAAUAUUUUGCAGCCAUUAAAAAGACCCAACAACUAUGUGGAAAUAUAGAAAAAUAUUUCAUGGUGUAAUAUUAUGAAAGAAAAUUACAGAUUAUAAAAUGUUAGCAGUGCUAUGCUGUGUAUGAGAAUAUGAAUUUAUAUGGACAGGAUGGAUCAUGAAGAUAGUGAGAACAGUUCAUGUAUGGGGAUAAGAUUGGGAAUAUUUUAAUGUAUCUAAUAAAAAAUUAUUUCCUUUACUGGAACACACUUAUGGUCAGUAACUAAAAAUCAGGACAUAUAACUAAAUAACUAAAAACCCAGAAAUUUAGAAAAUGUAUAUGUACUAGUGUGUUAGUAAAAUUAAACACUAUAAGUAAUGUAAUAGCUUUAUCUUGAUAUAUAGCUUGAGAGUGAUAACUUAAAAGGGAUUCUUCUCUUACCUUAAUAAAAUGGAUUUUAACAUAACUUUAAAUUCAGUUAAAUCUGUAAUAUUGAAUACCUACAAUUGACUUUGGGAUGGGGGCUUUUUCAGGUCAUUAAGAGUGUUUUUUAAGAUGAUCUCAUUGGUGGCAGUUCUCAGCCAUCUCAAAAACUACAAGCUAUUCAGUUAGAAAUUCCUGUCUCAAUUUUUUCACCUUAAUGCUACCAUGCUUUGUUCCUUUUUUUUUUAAUCCUUACCUGAGGAUAUGUUUUUAUUUUAAUUUUAUUUUAGUCGAAAUA